AUGAAGGAGCUGCUAUUGGAGUUUGAAGACGUCACGCCAAAGCGACUCCCGCCUAGGCGUAUUGUGGACCAUGAGAUUGAGUUUGUGCUAGGUGCAAAGCCACCCGCCUGGGUGCUUUACAGAAUGUCACAAACCAAACUCACUGAGUUUCGAAGACAGUUGACGAUUGACAUCCUUGGACAUAUCAUCGAGGAAGGAUGGAUCAAGAUGGACCAACAGAAGAUUCCGGCUAUCAUAGAUUGGCCGCUACCUAAGGAUAUCCAUGCCUUGAGAGCGUUCCUUGGCAUAUGCAACUUCUAUCGGCGAUUUGUAAAAACUUACUCCCUCAUAACAGUGCCAUUAACAGAACUUUUCAAGAAGGUCACACCCUGGGAUUGGGGACCAAGGCGAGCCGAGGCCUUCAACGCAUUGAAAGCGGCUAUGUCUAGUAGCCUCGUCUUGGCCCUCCCUGAUUUGGCCAAGCCAUUCGAGGUAGAAACAGAUGCAUCCGACUAUGCUCUUGGUGGAGUCUUGCUACAAGAAGGGCAUCCUGUAGCGUACGAAAUCUAG